AUGAAAAAGUUGCUCGUGUUGGUUUCUCUUGUAGAGAGUCGUGAAUGUUUUCAAGCUUGUUCCGAAGAGCUAGGAUCAGUACAUCGAUCAGAGCCUUUCAAAGUGCAAUGGAAGAAAAUGAUGAAUGUAACAGUAGAUGAGAGUGUAAGAAAUAUUCGGAAGGAAAUUGUUGAAAUGAUGACAUCUGAUCAAACUUGGGAGAGUGCGGACGCAUUUGUGUUGGGAAUGAGAGAUGUUGAUGGAGAGUUUGUGUGGUUUGAAGAUGAAGAAAUGAUUCUGGAUGCUGAUUUAUUAUCGAAUUUGUGUAAACGUUCCUUGAUUAUUUCUCGGAAGAUUCGACCAAAAGCAAGACCAGCACUCUUUGCUUUUCCAAAAUACAGUACGGAGAAUGUUUUAAAGUUGUUGAGUGUGAGUCAUUUGGAUAAAUAUUCUCCAGAAGAACAAUUGGUGAGAACUGAGCUUGCGGCUUGUUAUCGAUUGUUCGAUUUGUUUGGAUGGACAGAUACAAUUUAUGGCCAUUUAACUGCAAGAGUAAUCAAUGGAGAUAAGGAACAUUUUCUCAUUAAUCCCUUUGGCCUUCAUUACAGUGAAAUUACUGCAUCUAGCCUUGUUAAGGUAGAUAUUAAUGGAGAAAUUGUGGACCCUGGAUCCACUGGAGAUUUGUUUGGAAUUAAUAGAGCUGGUUAUGUGAUACAUUCGGCUGUACAUGAAGCUCGGGAUGACAUUUCUUGUGUGAUGCACAUGCAUUAUGCUCCUUGUGCUGGACUCUCUUGUAUCGAGAAUGGAUUUUUGAAAGCUCUUUCCCAAACUAGCUCUAUUAUUGGAGAUGUAGCCUAUCACAAAUCGGAAGGCAUUGCCGUGAAUGCUAAGGAAAGAAAACGACUUCAGCAAGACUUGGGAUCCAAGAAAAAGAUCCUCGUGUUGGAAAAUCAUGGAGUGGUAACUUGUGGAGAAAGCGUGGGUGAGGCCUUUUUGUCAAUGUUUAUUUUGGCUGAAGCUUGUAAAAUUCAAAGUGAGGCCAUGUGCAUGAAAAACGGAAUGCCGAAUGGAAAGAUGAUUCAAGUUGAUGAAUCCAUUGCCGAUAAAUCAUUCGACAUUGCUCACGGAUUUACAAAAGAAGGAUUUGGAAGAAAGGAAUUGUGUACCUACAUGAGAUAUUUGGAUUAUCUAUUUGAGUCAGGAAAGACAUCCUAUGUUCCUCACUAUCGUACUUAA